GUUCUCACCGUGUCCCGCAUGGGAAGCCAGACGCUCCUCACGCUGGAGGACCACGAGAGCGCGCACGCCGGGAGGCCCAACAAGUCCGCCAGCACGAUGCAGGUGGAGAUCAAGCUGGCCCGACUCGGCGUGUCCCUCAUCGAGGAGGCGCCUCAGCCCAGGGAGCUCUUUUUCAUCCACCUGGACCUGCUCCGCCUCCAGUGGGAGAACACGUACGACCGAGACCUGCAGCAGCUGAAGCUCCUCAUCUCGGACAUGCAGGUGGACUGCCAGCUCGACAGCCGCACUGGCGCCGCGGCCGCGGCUGACGACGGCGACGGGGACCACGGCGAGAUGCCGCCCGACGGGCCCCCCGCCGUCAUCAUGGUGAACCGCGGGGCCGGCGAGGGCAUGUUCCUGCGCCUGCUCAUCGAGCGCAACGCCACGUCCUCGCGCGACCUGUGCCUCCCGAGGGCCGAGGUUGCGUUCGACUCCCUCGACAUCACCGUGGACGAUGGCUGGCUGGAGCCGCUGGUGCAGUGGGUCACGCAGUGCCAGUCGGGUGGCACGGGGCCUGCCGUGCCGUACCAGGUCAUCCAGGAGACCGCGGGGGUAGCCAUGACCAAGAACUUCGCCCCCCCCGAGCUGCCGUCCGUCGUGAACGUCGAGGCGCGUACCGCGUA